UGUCAAUCAUCCGGUCGGCUCCCUUUGAUGUCGGGACUCCUCGCCAUGUCUUGGGCUCAAAUGAGCUGUUUGCUGUAGCAGGGAAACGUUAGUCCUCCGCCGAGCAGCCCGGGGACGCCACAUCUCAACUUUUCUCCUCUCUCCAUGUACGUGGAGGCACUUUCUGCACUUUGGAGGCAACAACACACGCGCCGAGGAGAUUUCAACCCAGAAGUCCUUUGAUUUUUUCUGUCCACCCCCCACUUCUGUAUUUACACUUUCUUCUACCUUGUUAGGCGUAUUUUUUUUUUUUUCUUUUUUACAAAAGUGCGAUACAUUUGCGAGGGAGGGGAAGAAAGACGCAGACAUGCCUCAGCUGAGCAGCGGCGGCGGGGACGACCUGGGAGCGAACGAUGAGAUGAUAGCGUUCAAAGACGAAGGGGAGCAGGAGGAGAAGAUCCAGGAGAACGCGUUCACGGAGCGGGACCUGGCCGACCUCAAGUCCUCCCUGGUGAACGAGUCGGAGAUCAGUCAAAGUCCGAGCGCGGCGGCGGUCAGACGGGGACAGCAGCCGGGCGAGCAGCGGGGCUUCGCGGAGAAACACCGGGAGCAUCUCGACGGAGUGUCGAAGCACCAAGAUGGAGGCAUGUACAAGACGCCGGGGUAUCCUGGCUAUCCCUUCAUCAUGCUGCCUGACCCCUACCUCCCCAACAGCUCAGUUUCUCCAUCUUCCAACAAAGUGUCGGUGGUGCAGCAGUCACACGGGAUGCACCCCCUGUCGUCCCUCCUGCCCUACAGCAACGACCACUUCAGCCCGAGUCCCCCACACCUGCCCACAGACAUGAGCCAGAAGACAGGCGUUCACAGGCACCAGUCCCAGGACCUCUCAGGGUACUACUCCCUUCCUCCAGGCGGUGUGGGCCAGAUAUCUCCCUCCAUGGGCUGGCAGAGCCAGCCAGUCUAUCCUGCCCUGACCCCCUGUGGAUUCAGGCAACCCUACUCCUCCAACCUCCCCGGCGCCUCCUCCUACUCCAGGUACCGUAGCCGGCUGGUCGGACCUGAGCCGAGAGAGAAAAAGUUCCCUCACUCUCUGAUGCUGGGCCAUUCAGGCAUGCAUCCAACAGGAAUCCCCCACCCAGCCAUAGUGCCCCCUUCAGGCAAACAGGAGCACGACCAGUAUGACAGGGGCAUGUAUGUGAAGCAGCACAUGGAGCCCAAGCGGGAGAAGGAGCCCAAGAAGCCGGUCAUCAAGAAACCGCUGAACGCCUUCAUGCUCUACAUGAAGGAGAUGAGGGCAAAGGUCAUCGCUGAGUGCACGUUAAAGGAGAGCGCCGCCAUCAACCAGAUUCUGGGGCGGAGGUGGCACGCACUGACCCGAGAGGAACAAGCAAAGUACUAUGAGUUGGCGAGGAAGGAGAGACAACUCCACAUGCAGCUCUACCCGACCUGGUCCGCCAGAGACAACUACGAGGCGGGCCUUAGCGGGGUCGCAGGGGAAAAGAGUAAAGCUGAUUGGGGCAAGAAGAAGAGGAGAAAAAGGGAGAAGCAGCAGGACCCCAACACAGACCCGGGCUCCCCUAAGAAAUGCCGGGCUCGCUUCGGCCUCAACCAACAAACGGACUGGUGCGGUCCCUGCAGGAGGAAAAAGAAGUGCAUUCGCUACCUUCAAGGAGGAGGCUGCCCCAGCCCAACUUCUUCAGAUUUAAGUGCCAUAGACUCUCCCCGCUCCUCCUCCCCCUCCCGACACCCGCUCUACCAGCACCAGCGUCAGCCCCCCGCCUCCCUGGGCUGCUCCCCAACGCCCGCUUCCCCGUCAACGCGCCUCCCCUUGUCUCCGCACACGCACUCACUCUUGCCCCCGGAGCAGGCGGCCGGCAAGCACGGCAGCCCCCGUCAGCCUGCAGCCAAACACACACACCUGGAACUGUCCGGCAAGCAGAUGCACGGCUCCACGACGGCGCUGUCCGCCGCCAAGGCCGCAGGACUUUCUCUCAAAGUGCUAACAGAGACUCAGUGAUCACUCCAGUCCGCUCACAUCCCUGACCCAUGCUCACCUCAGCUUCUGUCACAGCUACGGAGAUCACCUUCACCUGCCUUCAUCCUCACAUUCAUCCAUACUUUUUGUCAGAUCAUUAAAGAAGCAGCGACUGUGGUUGACAGGAUGAUGGGUCCACCAUCAUCUGUCCUGCGGGACUGUCCCACAUUUACAGAUCAGACCUGUCUCAGUUCAAAUGCUGGUUUCCCCCAAAGUCUGCGUUUCCAGGCCAAGUCCAUCAUUAACAGGUCAACAAGGCUUAGUCCGUCUCAAAGCCUCCUUCGCAUGAUCAGUUCUUUAAUCAAGCAUUCAGGAAAUCCUCGUCAGCCUCAAAGACUGGAAACAACAUGUAAUAACACACAUCGUGUGACCAGAUAUGUGGUUCAUCAAGUCUCUGGGAAAUGGAACGUAUGGUUUAAACCAGUAGUUCUCAAACUUUGUUCCUUUGGCCUGACUCUGGAUGUCCUGUCUGACUUUGACUCUCUCAAACACUCUCAUUCUAAUUCAGGUCUUAACACUGGUACAAUUUAAUGUAAAAACAAUCCCCAGUCUAAAAUAUGUAUUAUUAUCUGACAACCCCCAGAAAUUGUCUCGGGAGACCCUGGUUGGGCCGAAACCAAUGAAAAGUUACUGCAGGAGGUAAACUGUUACCAGCCUGGACAUGUUAUUAAUCAAAGUGUUAGUUAUUUAUAAUUAGAAGAGGCCAAUUCAGGCUAAACAAAUUAUUUUAUCACAUGUGCAAAAAGAAAAAUACACCAAUCAGCGCCAAUCUUUAAGCCGUAACUAGGUUUUAAUGUGGUGUCUUUUAUUGUGGUGUCUCUAACUGUUACCAGCUGCAGAGAUGCUGGAGGUCAGUCAGAGUUGGGGAUGCUGAGAGAAUUACUUUAUAAUAACAUUACAUUAAAUACACUUCUGCAACAAAACUCAUGAAUUUUACACCAGUUUUAGAACAUUUUACUCUGCAUCAGGCAGCAAACUUGGCUUUAGUGCAAUUGACGAAUCAGAUUUCUUUCGUCUAACCCUGUAUUACCACCACUGACAACCUUUCAGUUCAUCAGCUCUAUCUAUGUCACGUUCCACAUGAAAGGACAUGAAAGGACAAUACAGAAUAUACCAGUUAAAUUAAUUAAAAUAAAAAAUAAAAAUAUUAGGCCUAAUUCUAUGAUACUUUUUAAAAAUGAGUUUAGUCAACAUUAUGAGUUGCAGUUACAGGCUCUUGCCAGUAGGCAGUGCUGCAGCCCCCUCAGCAUCUCUACUCCCAGCAUCCUUCAGCAGCCGUCAGUCAGAGCUCAUCCUAUGAAUUUUGUGAUCAUCAAUUAAGUUAACCCAGUUUUAUUUUGUAGUUUCAUGACGACAACUUCUUGGUAAUGAAUUUGGAAAUUAUUAAUUUGGAAGUUGAACCCCUGAAACCUUCAAAGAGUAAUUGUCCAUGAGGCUAAACUGUCUCUUCUGACAGUGGAAGUAAAGGUUUAGCAGGGAGAUUCCAGAUUCCAGAUUCAGGAUUUGCGAUGAUCAAGAAAACGUCAGGCAUAACUCAAGAGUUCACUUCACCAUGGUAACUUACGAUGAACUGAGCUAACCUGCUCCAUAGCAGGUUUAAUUCGUGAUCACGGAUAAAAACAAUAGACACUCUUUGUAGUACAAAGACCACACAGAUCCAGUUGUACAGAGGCAGACCUGUGCUGAAGGCUGAAUUUAUCUUGAGCCUCAAACUUAAGGUUCACUGGCUCCAUCUGCUGGUGACGUGAUUCUUUUUACCUGGAUUGCAGCUCUGCCUCUGAGAAAUCAUCUUCCAAAAAUCAGAUUUUUGUUUUGUAGAUGAAUCGGAGCCCUGACCUCCAUGACAAUCUUAAAAAAUGUUUUGCAUAUGAGCUCUUAAUCAAAUGAACCACAGACCUAGAAACACCAAAUUUGUUGCAGGAGACUCCUCAGUUUGUUACAUGCAUGCUUUCCUCCAAGUUACUUUCAUUACCCAUCAUCCACCACAGUUAGAGGACAAACCUCCACGGGAGGGGAAGAGAGACCAGCCAGACGUCGGCCUCACCAGCAGAACCUCAGAUAUGAACAGGGACAGAUCCACUUUUAUUGCAGCUGCAGUUUUGACACAACGAAAACUAGCAUCAGGUCAUAAAACAGGAUCCGACUCAUGAGAAAUCCCUCUUCACGUUAUUUCUUUUAGGCACUUUCAGGCUUUUGCUUUUGUCAACAUACAUUUGUUGUUUUUCUCCUCAUUUGUGGGUAUUUUUGUAUAAAUCUUUUUAAAGGUCAUAUAUUUUGAUGCUGGUGGGGAAACCCUCAAAGAAAUACAAGUUUUCUUGUCCUUUGAACGUUUUGCAGCUCCAUAAACUGAUCUGAGACCAAAUGGGUACUAUUAUAUUGCAUUGUGUUGUAAAGUUUUUUAAAUGUUGGAAUUCCUUAUUAUAAUUAAACUUUUAUAUGUUUUUAUGUAAGAAAAAGAAAAAAAGUCAAACUGAACAAAAAAUAUUUUAGUUGCCGACAUUUCUUAAAGCAAUACAUUUGUGUUUGUCCUCUUGUGCAGAUUUGUACUUUUGGGCCGUGUUACUGCAGCAGCGUUCAGGCAUCUCCGUGUUCUCCAUCUGUGCAUGUUCCAAACUUUAACGUAACAAGAUGACGUUUUGACUAAAAAGGCUUUAAUUUGCAGCUUCUUACUCAGCUCAGCUCUCAGUGGACAAACUGCAGGCUGGGCUUCUGUACAGCAAAUCGUUUUCCUCCAGCAGAGGGAGAGCUUCGUGCUAGAAUUAGCCUGGAGGACCCAGCAGGAAGGCCUCAAACAUGUCUUUUGUAUUUUUUAUGCCUCGAACGCCUCUGGUGUGUUACUUGUUUCUUUUGUUUGAUGUAUUAAAAGUGUUUUGAAUA